AGGAAAUAGUUGGAGGCAUGGAGGCAAGUGUGUGAGCAACUCGGAAGAAUCCAGUUGGAACACGUCCGCGGCCAUGAACACCACCGACGUCCUGGAUGGCGUCCACCACCAGCAGCAGGUGUUUGGGAAUAGAAGCGCAGACUUCCUGUCCAGUGGCAUGAGCGGCGUCAUCAACAUCUUCGCCGUGGUCAUCCUCUUCAUCAUCAUGAUCUCGCUCGGAUGUACCAUGGAGGUUUCCAAAAUCCGGGCUCACCUGCUGAAGCCCAAAGGAGUGGCCAUCGCCAUCGUGGCCCAGUUCGGCAUCAUGCCGCUCACCGCUUUCUGCCUGGCCAAAAGCUUGGACAUGGAGCCCAUCAAGGCGGUGACGGUGCUGAUCUGCGGCUGCUGCCCCGGGGGGACUCUGUCCAACGCCUUCUCGCUGGCCAUAAACGGAGACAUGAACCUCAGCAUCGUGAUGACCACCUGCUCAAGUGUUGCAGCCCUGGGUCUGAUGCCCCUGAUGCUCAUGUUGUACUGCAGAGGAUUUCCAGGUCUGCAGGAAGCUGUGCCGUACACCGGCAUCAUCAUCGCGCUGGUCCUCACUCUGGUGCCGUGUGGCAUCGGCAUCGCCGUGAAGCAUUACAAGCCGAAAUAUUGCGGCAUAAUUUUGAACGGAGGCAUUGUCAUCAUGAUCAUAUCGGCCAUUGUGGUCUUCACCCUCUCGGCGCUGUCUCUGGGAGAGACCAUAUGGUUGAUCCUGAUGCCGGACCUCAUCGUCGCCGCGGCCCUGAUGCCCCUGAUCGGGUACAUCCUGGGAUACGUUCUGUCCCUCGUGUGCCGACUCAGUCAUCAAUGCAGCCGAACCGUCUCCAUGGAGACCGGAUGCCAAAACAUCCAGCUGAGCACCACCAUCUUAAAAGUGGCCUUCCCCUCGCAGGUCAUCGGGCCCAUGUUUCUCUUCCCGCUGCUGCUCUACAUAUCCCAGUGGGUGGAGGUCAUUUUGCUCAUCCUGUGCUACAGAUGUUACCAAAAGCUCAAAGGACCGGCGGCAGCGGAACCAGAGAUAUACAAGUGCGUGAACCAGGACGAGGUGAAGCGGCCGCAGGUGUGAACAGCUGGUCGGACCGUCAGGACGACACGCGCAUCGUGUAGCCCAACGUAUUCAGGCUCCCGCCAAUGUGAUUAGAAGAAGUAGGAAGAGGAUCCACCAUUUUUCAGAGCACAAGUCGCCGUCUGCUGUCACCCGGCCACAUGAAAGCUGCGGGCACUUCCUGUAUCUAGAGCAGGUGCUGUGGACUGACUCCCUCCGGCGGGAUGAUCGUCUGGAAACUAACCCAGGUUCAAUAAGAUCAUUCCAAUGACUUGUGGUUACAUUUGGCUAGUGGAGUUCCACUCAACUCAACUCAACACGCCCGCGGAGUGAACAAAAUGACUGACCUGCUUGCUGUUAGCUAUGUGUUAAUGUUUGUCACCACACCUUUAACCUCUAAGAAAUGUAUUUCUCAGUCAGUCUAUUCUUGAUGUAUUUUAAAAAUAACAACGGCGACAAAUCAAUGAUCAUGCAAGUGUUUUAUCAGGAAUGUUUUUAUGACCAAAAUGGACAAUAUUUCUAACACUGUAACAAAAAAUGACUUUGU